CGUAUCGGGACCUCUUAAUUCAGUUGUGGAUGACAACAUCUGUUCUACGUUAGUGACUGAACCCGGACAGGGACCAGAUCGCGCACGUCUUUAUAUAUUUCCUGUAGUAUAUAAAACAGAAACGUUCCAGACUACACCAAUAGAAGAGACAAGCGCAGAUACAAGACCAGUUGCACCAAACCCAUACCUUCAAAUAGAUCUGAAAUCAACAUUAAAUGCAAACGUAAUGUUGUCUGUCGUUAAGUCCAUAACAACGUAUGGUGCGCUGAUUUAUGGCGUUGAGCACUUCACGACUGCUUUUGCACUUACUUACAGCACCGAUGGAUAUACAUUUACUGACUAUGGUCAGGUGUUUGAAGGUAAUUCAGUAUUAGAUUACAAUACUACCGGAAAAAGCAACACGUUCAACCCAAAUUUUAUUGCGAGAUAUGUGAGGAUUUAUAUUCUCAAUAGAAAAGGAAAUGACGAUUUACCAGUCGGAGCUGCGUUGCGUUUGGAACUGUUUGGUUGUGCUUUUGGCCGACCGAAUUGUAGUACCGAGUCUGACAAUCUUUUGGACGUUGUUGGUACCUCUGGAUACACGGCGUCUGCAUGGUGCUUUGAUGACGACGAAGGUCGGUCAAACUAUCCAUUCAUGGCUGACUUCUCUCAAACCCCAGUGACUUUUAAAAGUAUAUCAGGCUGGGUACCGAAUACUUUAGACACUUACCACUUUAUACAGGCGGACUUGGGUCAAUUGUUUGUUAUACGUGGCGUGCAAACAAGAGGGAGGGGUGAUACAUUGGAUAAUUCAGUACUGCAAUAUAAGUUACAGUAUAUCGACAAAAUGACUUGUUCAUUUGUCGACUAUGAGGAGCCACAUGGCUCUGCAAAGAUAUUUGCCGGGAACUCUGAAUAUCCAAACAAUACAGUAACACAUUUUCUAGAAUUUCCCUUUGUCAGGCAGUGUGUCCGUAUACGGCCAACAGUAUAUGGUGGACUUGGGGGACUGAGAUUUGAAGUACUCGGCACUGAAUUUGAAAACCUUGAUUUCUACACAAUUCGAGAUGAUAGCAGUGGCUCGGAUAUUUCCAAUCACAGAAAUGUGAACAGGGAAGAAUGUGCGAUAUUAUGUGAACAGCUGGAGGAUUGCCAAGGAUUUAUUUAUGAUUCUGAUCCUCUUUCUAUUCCGUGUACUCUAAGGAAUUUUGAUGCAAUGACGACCGUCGGCAUGCCCAUGUAUUAUAAAAAUGAAGAACCGGCGCCAUCUAAUGGUUUUGUAGACCUGGGCUUCCAAGUAUGUAUUCCUUCUUCCAAUGAUGUGGUUAUCACCAAUGUCUUAACCUAUGACGAGUGUAAACAGUUAUGUCUAGAUGAAACCUCUAUCGUUUGCUGGUCGGUGGAGUAUGGAAUGCAAGGGGGCUCGAAUUCAUUAAACUGUCAGUUAUCAGCCCAAUAUUCAGGGACAGUCACAAUUAUGAAUCCAUGUGAAGCAGAUGUGUUUUAUUCCGAAAGGAUUCCAACAUAUGACUACGAUCCCGAGCUUUAUGGAAUAUUGGCAUCUGCCUGGAAUGGAAUUGUGACCAACUCUAGUUGGAAAUGCUCUGGCACGUUCGAGGAAGGGUGGUUUGAAGUAGAUUUUGAUGAUAGUGCUUGGGCAGCUGCUGUGGAAGUUAGUACUAAUAAGUCAACAUUUAUACCCGACGUCACUGGGAAAUCAUGGGAUAACAUUGCCGAAAAUGCCAAGGGAAUUUGGACAAAUGGCAUGGACGACGUUGUGUACUGUCGUCUAGGUACAUUUUAUCUUCACCAUCUCAAUCAGUGAUGUGCCAACCGACGAUUUUAAGGUGGAUGUUUCCAACGAUGUUGCCGACCCAACGUCUCCAGAUGAUAGCGACUGGAACUUAUGCCAAGCUAAAGUUGGAGGGUUCGAUUUUGGCAGAGCUUGUCAUGUAGCAGAAUGCGAAUUCGGAACAAUUGGACAAUGGAUUCGUAUAUCACAAGAACAUGGUACGCUCAGUCUUGCAGAGGUCAAGGUCAAUGUCAGGUCAUCAUGUUCAAGGUCACCAAGAGGCUGCUGUGUAGAUUCUCUACCGAAUGGUCUCGAGAGCUGUGAAUGCCGAAAUACCGAUGAGACAAGCGGUUUGCAGUGCAUCCCAAACCAAGAUGUUUGUGAUCCUGGUUGGGUCCUGUUUGAGGAUAAAUGCUACAAAUUCCCAUUUGCUGACCAGAUUUUAACCGACCAAGUGGAUGCCGAGGAGGAAUGUCAGGCCAAUGAGGCACACCUCGUCUCCAUAUUGACCCCUCAUGAACAAGAUUUCCUUAUCAAUCACCAAUCAGUUGUGCAAUGUUGGGGGAAUGAGGUCCAAGGAACAACAGGAUCCAACUCGGAAUUCUAUUUACCAAACACUGCAUUUUCCUCAUCUAGUACUCGUUUUCAA